AUGUCUUCUAUCAUCCACAUACAAGAUGUUGAGCGCCAGCCCGUCGUCGGCCUCAGCACUUCUACGCACGUUGCUGAAAAUAUGCCAGACUUUCGAGAUCGAGCGGGGCAGGGCUGCUUCCUCUGCCUAGAGAGUCAUAGAUAUGGACAAUACGCUGUUCUCGUGCCGUGUCUUCGACCAACGAAGACCCGCCGGAUAAAACGGUAUUCUAACGCCUUGUCUAAGAAUCCGAAACCCAUCUAUGAGAAGAUGAUACCUUGGGAGAGUGCCUGCGAGUCAGAUAGUGAGAUUUAUGAGAGACUCACGGAAAUAUCCUACGAGUAUCUGGGCCCUUGGAAAAGAUGGCUGCCUUACUACGGAAUCACAGAAGUGCUAGAGGUCAAGUUUCAAUUUUCUGGCGUCGUUGAAUCGGAUGAGCGUUAUCCUAUCCAGAUGGAAUCAGUUGAAACUGAGAAGGUCUUAGAGGAGUGCGAGAAGAUUAUAACAAGACAUCCAACCGGUGAAUACGUUGAAUUUAGCGACGCGUGCUUAGACAAUUAUGUUCACAGUGAGGAAUGCCUCAUCGGGAUGCGGGCGUUGUCCUCGCCGUGUAUCAAAGUUGACGCAGAGAAAGCGGAACAGCGCCGCAAGAGGCUUAUAUUGCUGUCGCGACUAAAGGACUGUGCUCGGGACCCGGCGAGAGCCAAUGGACUGCGUACGUUGGAAGGUCUGGCGCAAGAGUGUUGCAUCUACGAUAUAAAGUAUUAA